AAUCAGGUCUAGAACACAGUCAAAUCUUUGUCCUUAAAAUUUAUCCCUGAUGUUAGUCUUUGUCUUUAAAAACAAAUAAUCCUGGAAUUUUUCAGUAUGGUAUGCUUUUCUUGAAUAAUUUUUCUAAAAAUUUCUCCUUUAGGACAUAACCAAGAUUGGAACUUGGCCCAGGUUGCCAAGAUUACUUAAAUCCGCUGUCCCCGCCCCCUCCAAGCCUGCCGUGAGUGGCCCUGUGCAGGGUGGCCGCAUCCUUCAGAUAAUGCUAGGCCUCCUUGGAUGUAAGGUGUUAAUCCCGAUCCUAAAUUGACAGCUUCAGGGCAAAAUGCCUCUCUGAACAAAUCCUCUACCAACCUUCACUGGAGAACUGAAACACACAAAACAACCCCCAACUUGAUUUUUUUAUUUUUUAUUUUUUGCCCAUAUGUACACAAAUUCCUUAAAAAAAAAAAAAAUCACAAUCUGGCAAUGAAAAAAUUUAAAAGGUAAAAAGUAUUGAUUCACCCAUAUAAACACAGUGGAGCAAAGGGUGCAUGUAAAAAGGUUAACUGACUUCUCAUUAUGACAUAACACAGGCAUCUUAAGCAAUCCCUAGUGUGUAGAGACAUGAUAACUCCCUGGGUGGGGAUUCGGAGUUUAGGGGCAGGGACCACGGCCUGGUCUAGGCUACUGAUCUACCAGAAAACAGCCUGAAACAGGAAAGAGCACACAUAUGCCACUUGGAAUGUAUGACGCAAACCCCAGCCUUGAAACAAAGAACAGGAAACAGCUCUGCUGGCUGUGCUGGAGAGAAAGCACAGAGAAACAUUUAGUCGGCCCUCCCUGACCCUAUAUUCAUGAGCAGCUGGAGUUUUUAAAGACAACAACAGGGGGUGGAGGUGUUUGUUCUUUGGGUGUGAAUAAUAACACCAGCUUUAUACGGGGGAACCUGCCCUAUUUACAAAUAGGAGCUGCCACAUACAGUAAACAUCCUAAGUGCACAUGUGAUUUUAUCAUAUGUGAGCUGCAGAGACCUUCCAAAUUAACACCAGCUCCCUCCCGAUUUCUUUUGUCUCUUUGGUCCCAUCCCAGUGGCUAAUCCCCAGCUCUGACCAAAUUCUGGGUUACGGUAAUGAUUAUCAUUUAGUUUGAGCGCAUCACAAGGAAAAUCAAGAUACAGCAUUGCUGUUAAGAAUUCAGAUUAUAACUGGGUUUCCCCAUCUAACUGAAACUGGACCAGUUGUAAGCAUCCCUCAGUCACAGAACUAAAUUCCAAGACACAGGCUGUGGGCCAUUUAGUCACCCCAAAUCGUCACUGUCUUCUUCCAAAUGUGGCUAUAGACAGAGCUGCAGCUCCUGUUAGGUGCAUACACAUCUAGAGAAUCCACCUCUUGAGAAUAUGAUCAUCACCGACAGUUCAUUUCAUCCAACACUGUCGUGCAGGCUGAGAACCAGAACACCGACUUUUACCAGAUAUUCCAAAACAUCUAUUUUCCUUUAGGUAUGAUAAAGUCCAUUUAUGGUCUCAUUUCCAUCUCAUUAUUUACUUUCUUGGCCAGGACGAUUUAACUCAGGUUUCUAUUAUCAGGCGUUUAAGGACUGGUGUGUAGAUCUUUCAAGUAAAAAAAUAAAAAAUAAAAAGGCAUUACUGUGCCAUGGCAACAAGAUUGGGUUUAAUUUAGAACUUUUGCAGUGAAGAAAAAACAAUAGCUUUCUCCAAAAGCUAUGCUGUUGCUUUAAAUCCGACAAGGUUUUGCGGUCUAAGCACCUACUUUUCUUUGUUAUUCUCACACUGCACCUCUUACACUUGUGUUCUCCUUCAAGCAAGCCAGUGUUUUUUACAGCACACCGUCACUUACUUAACCAGUAACACAUUAGCCUUUUUUCUUCUUGUAGUCCUACAGCAAACUCCACUGACCAGAAACUGAGAAAGCAGUUUCUCUCGGGAGUUUAAAUUAAUCAAACAUUUUACUCCAGGUUUCCAUUAACAGCCAUAGGUCAACUAACACACCUCCGGCUUCAAACCCAAGAAAUCACUCUUUCCUUAAACAAUACCAUGAAGCUGCAAAAUUCUGGAAAUGUUCAUUUUCCCGGAUUGUUUUUUCCCCUAAAAACAAGGCUUCCCCAGGUUGAGGCAGGUUAUCAGCCAGACUGUGUCCUCCUAUAAAUAUGCUCCUCAAAUUGGUACAACACUCGGAAAAAGCACAAAAAUGCAGUGCGGAAAAACCUAUAGUGCACAGCUGGCCUAUGCCCCACUUGUUUUUGCUUAAUAAUUAGACACGAAAUUGAAAUGCAGUCAGAAUACCACUCCAUACUCCCCCCAUUUACCAGGCUCUCGUGGGAGUAUAAUAAAUAUAUUUAAAGUGUCUUGGUUGAUAUUAAUGGAAAAUAUAAAGUCCAAGUCGGUAAAAAAAAAAAAAAUUCAGCGAUUCAGUGUAGAACGUUUAUUUUGGUGACAUACAAGAAGGCGAGAAUUUCCAAUAAACCUUUAACCCGACUUAAAAAAAAAAAAAGUCACUCAGAUUCUUUAUCCAAUACUGUACACUGCUGCAAAAUUCAAAGCAAAAAUAAGUGUCUCUCCCUGUUAUCUGCCAAAGAAAUGGAUAUGACAAUUCCAGGUCUUAUCUACCAUCUCUAAGAUAACCACUCUGAAAUGUUCGGUAGGUCCCGUGGGUCCUGGUCCAAGGAUCAGUCCCCGGGUCCCCAUCAGGCUCGGGUCCCUAGCGCCGCAGGCUCUGUGACCAAGACACUGUCUGCCUCCAGUCCCGCCGCAAUCCUCGCCCCAGGCACUGCGGCAGGUUCUCUCCGUGCCCCCAGGACUCUCCAAACCCGGCCGGCUUUCUUCCACUGCCCGGAGAGGCCAGCAGCCCUGGCAGCUCCCAGGCUCCAGGACCCACACGGGGAUGCUCCUCCACUCCCAACAGCCCCAAGUUUCUUCCCAGAGGGCCGGCUGGCUGCUCCAAGUUUGCCGAGCCGGCGAGCGGCCGCGCACCCCGUCCUGGGAGGGGGGUGGCUGGCGGGCGGGGGGCGGGGUGGGGUAGGACGCGGGAGCCCGGGCUGUGGGGGGGCAGCAGAGGGAGGAGCAGGAGCGCGCGGCCUCGGUGCUACCUUUCUCUUUGCAACGCUGCCACACGCGGAGAGCACCGAGGUUGCUGGGGCUCUGGAGGGAGUCGCGGGCGGGUGGGCGCGGGCGCGGGCGCGGGCACAGACCGGGGACCACACAGGUGAGCCCGCCCGCGCCCUCCCCGCGGCCUCGGUCCCGCGAGGUGUCCCGCAUCCCACACGCUCCGGGCCGGGCCCGAGCGCGACCCGGCCGGGAGAGGAGGCGCGGCGCUGGCUCCCUGAGGGCUGAGCCGGGACGGUCCCAGUGUCCCCCCGGGGCCGGUGUCUUUGUGCCCGGGGCGACAGGUCCCCCUAGGCGGCGACCCCGCCAGGCGGCGGGUGGCCCGGGCGGCGCCCUCAGACUUCGCCUGGAAAUCCUGGAGCCCCCCGAGGCGCGCACCUCCCGCGGGCCGGCAGCCGGAGAAUGAAAACUUGGCAAACUUCGGGCCCGGCUUCCUGCUCGGAGCGAGCGCUCGCGCCGGCCGAGGGCUGGGCCCGGCGACCUUUCGUUUCCUGUCCCUUCCCGGGAUGGAGCGAGCGCGAGCGCAGUGGCCUUCGCGCGCCAGGCCCCUCCGAUAGAGGACUUUGUCUAACUCGGUGCGAGAGUUUAGUGUCCCCCCUCCCACAGCUGCUUCUUAAAUGGUAUAAAUGUAAUAAGGAGUGCAAUAAAAAAAGGACAAAUCGGUUCAAUUAUUUUAA